AACUAGCUGGUUAAUUAAAACUUAAUUCAAAGCUGGUCUCUUCACACAGACAGAGAUUGUAGGUGUUAGUCUGAUGCAUGUAUACUGGGCGCAUUUCAGGAUCAUGUCAAGUCAUCGUGGUAACACCGGGCAUGGGCAGCCUGCUCAAGUUUGAGCCUGUCCCAGAAUGCACCAGCUGUUCCGUCUAGUGCUGGGACAGAGAGACCUGUCCCGUGCAGGAGACCUCUUCUCUCUGGAUGACAGCGAGAUUGAAGACUGUCUGUCCCAAGCCCUGGAGGAAAUCAAAGUCAUAUCCUGUUCACCAGACUACUUGACCAAUGACAACGACCAAGCGGUGGUGGAGAUCUGCAUCACGCGCAUCACUACAGCCAUUAGGGAAACGGGUUCGAUCGAGAGGCACGGAGCAGCUCUCGUGUCAUUAUGGGAGUCGUGUCUCGAGCAUAACCUCCAGCCGCAGGGCAAAGAUGAAGACACACCCCAUGCCAAGAUCGCCUCUGACAUCACCAGCUGCAUCUUGCAGAAUUACAACAGGCCUCCAGUGAUGGCAUUAGCGGUCCCUGUGGCAGUGCGGUUCUUGCAGCAGGGGAACCAAGAGCUGAGCAGAAACAUGUCCAGCUACUUGUCAUUGGCUGCCAUUGCUAAAGCUGAACUCCUGGCCCAACACACAGAGGCCAUCCCCUGCAGCGUGCUGGGAGGUAAUGCCAUGCUGUGGAGAGUGCUGCCAUCUGUGUAUCCACGACAACCAGAGCCCAUCCAUCAACACAUCCGUGAGCUGACGGCGAUGAUGUCCCAGUUGGACCAGGCCGGCAGACAGCACCUGCUCAGACUACUGCAGAUGAUCUCUGACCUUCACCCCCUGGUAUUGUCGUCUUUGGUGCCAUCAUUGAUUGGUUAUGUCAGUGACAGUGAUCUAGGUGACACUGCUUUGGGUGUGUUGGUGAACGUGGCUCAGGCAAGCCCCGCCUCUCUCGUUCCCUUCCUGUCCACGCUAAGAAAUGUGGGUCAGAAGAACCCUUGGUGGCUGGGACACAUCGCUAAGAUCCAUGGGGCAGUGGGUCUGACUAGUGAGGUCCAGGCUCGCGGGGCGCUGCAGUAUCUGCUGUCACUGUUAGCAAGUAUGGAGCACAACGCCCAUCACACACUACUGCUGGAAAUCCGCUGCCUGACCGAUCGCUACACUUCCAUCCUGGGUGGCGGAGGAAAAGACAUCUACCGCAUGAGCAACAGCUUCACCGCCAUCGCUCGACUGCUGGGCCGCAAGCUGGAGGCUGACAGCACACUUAGCAGAGAGGAGGAGAAGGUGCAGGAUUUGUCCAGGCCGUGUGAAGCUGAGUCUGGUUCUGACAUGUUUGCUGAGAACCAGCACCUGCAGGUGAAGAUCCAGGCUUUCGAGCAGAAGAUGGGCGAUGAGGUGGAAGAAUCUGAGGAAGAGGGUGCUUCUCCUGGUCCUCAGAGACGCCACAGUCUGGGUCAGGCAGCGCGAGACGAGCGCAGAGAGAUGAGGUUCAACAGGUCAAAGAGUCUGGCUCUUCACGCUGUACGCACACGAUCCAUUAACUCUGACAGCAGUCCAGAGGGAGAAGGGGUGGAUCUGAGCGCAGAACUCGAUGUCUGUGAGGCCAUUCCUACUUCAGAGACUGGUUCUGCCCUCACGGCCCUGCAGGAGAACCACAAACUCACAGAGACUCAACCUGACACAUCUCCAAACAGUGAGGGGCAAAAGGUGGUGGCUGGAGAUCCCCGGGAGGGAGAUCGACUCUGGAUCCACCUAAGAGACAACAUGGAAGAAAUCAAAACCUUCUGUGCAGAAAUGAUCAAGCAAAUCCCCAUACCUGAGCACUGUGUCAUUGAAGACUCACAUCGUGACUGUGUAGCUAAGCUGUCCUUCUCCUGUCCACUGAAAGGACACUACUGCCUGUACGGGAAGUCCUGUUUCUCACUGUGUAGCCGUCAGCCACACCUCUGGAUCCAAAUCAUGCUACUGGCACUGCAGAGUAAAGUGAGCGAGGCGUUGUGCUGUCAAGAUGAGUGUGUUAAGCAGCUAAGGAAACUUUGGGAGAAAACACAGCUGACGGGAGCUCACAGCUUUGAGCUGGCCAUGACUCAGACAACUGUUCCUCACAAGAAGGAUGUGGACAGUUUGCAGAUGUAUCUGGAGGAGGUUCGUUUCUUUGACCUGUUCAGCUACAGUGAAGAGGAGGGUGGCUGGCUCUGUUUCAUGUGCAGUAACCCUGAGAAAGCCACAGUUGUUAACCAGGACGGCCAGCCACUCAUUGAGGGGAAGCUGAAGGAGAAACAAGUGCGCUGGAAGUUCAUCAAAAGGUGGAAAACACGUUAUUUUACCCUUGCCGGCAACCAGCUUCUCUUCCGAAGAGGAAAAUCAAAGGAUGAACUGGACAACAGCACAAUUGAACUUAGCAAAGUGCAAAGCGUUAAGGUGGUUGCAAAGAAGAGGCGUGACCGCGGGCUGCCCAGAGCCUUCGAGAUCUUCACCGACAGCAAAACCUACGUGCUGAAAGCUCAAGACGAGAAGCAUGCGGAAGAGUGGCUGCAGUGCAUCAAUGUGGCUGUGGCCCAGGCCAAAGAACGUGAGAACCGCGAGGCCACAACAUACCUGUGAUGCUUGUUCUGCUGAGGAUCCUGUGGGCUUAUCAAGUCAGAUGUGUGUGUCUUAUUGCCACGUUUUUUCAUUAUGACAGUUUAUUAACAUCAGAGACAAAAGUCCUGUCUCAAAUGCCACCUUCAACCUUUGCAGUCA